AUGCUUGACAAGCUCAUGUUCCUGGCUGGAGCUCUGCUGACCCCGGCGGUCACUGCAGCAGCCCUGCCCGCCGUGACAGCCCCUGCUGCCUUUGCGCUACCCACCUACUCUGCCGUGUCUGUGUCUGCCUCCGCUGUGGCCGGAGCCGCGCUCAACACCCACACCGCGGUUCAGGGUGCUAACGGCCAGCCCACCUCCGUUCCCAUCGUUGGCGGGUCAGACUGCUACUUCUGCCCGGACGGCAAGGAAGAACAGGGCUGGGCCCUCUUCGGCCUCGAAUCCGCCGGGAUCUACGAGGAUAUCCUUGCCCCUGAAGGCUUCGUUACCUCACUGCCAGUUAUCACCGUCUCCGUCGCCGGAGACCCCAGCUAUGACGACGACGAGCCCACGCGCACCACUGAGGACGACGCCUCCCUCGCCAGACGCUCCGUCCCGACCACCACCGCCUACGUCGACAGCAACAAGUUCAAGAUCCUGAACAAAUACGCCAAGCAGAGCCACUGGACCAACGGCCAGGGCUGGGCUCUUCUCGCAGCCUGGCCCGCCAGUGGUGUCGUCCCCGUCUCCGAGCACUACCAACUCAUUGCUGGCUAUGUCUCAGUGGCAACCAAGUCACGCCAGGAGAAGGACAAGAAGGGCAAGGUGACGAAGGUGGUCGAGACUGUUACCCGUGACUAUGCGGGCUACGUGUACGACAUCCGCGCACAGCAGGUUGGCAACGUGCAGAAGAUCGUUUUCAUUGAGCGUGGUGACUCCCGCGAGACCUGGGACAACGGCGUUAAGGGCUUGUCCUUCUCCAGCAAGGGUGCCAUUCGCGCCGGACUCACUCACGAGAUCAUUGCUGCUCGCGGAAAGACUCUGGCUGACACCAUGGGCAACUAUAACUACCUGACCAACAACUGCAACACGUUUGCCAACCGCUUGUACAAUGAUUUGAAGUAG